AUGCUUGCCAGCGCCAACACGUCGUCCAUAAUCGACCAUGAAGAUGGUCCUCGAAGCGUGGACAACGAUGAGUCAUGGAUCUUGUUCGUCUCAGGGCCUACUGGAUCGGGCAAAAGUUCAGUUGCGAAAUUUCUCGCCUCAAAAUUAAACGCUCGCUUCUUAGAAGGCGAUGAUCUCCAUCCUAAAGCCAACAUCGACAAAAUGCAUAAAGGAGAAGCUUUGACAGAUUCAGAUCGCCAGGGGUGGCUUGAGGCAAUCAAUGAGCAAGCGUCAUCAUACAACAAGCAGCCGUCCCAGCACCACCACAUGAUAAUCACAUGCUCUGCUCUGAAGCGAGCCCACAGGGACGUCCUGAGAGAAAGCUGUCAACGAGCUGGGUAUUCGCUCGUACAUUUCUUCUUUUUAGACGCGCCCGAGUCUGAGCUGCACCGGAGAACAGAGGCUAGACAAAACCAUUUCGCAAAGGCGAAUCUUGUUCACAGCCAAUUCGAUGUGCUAGAGCGCCCGAGGAUCGAUGAAUACGAUGCUACGAUUAUCAGCGUAGUGCCGUCGCUGGAUGAAGUGCAGAGUGAAGCACUAAAGGCAGUAACACGACUUUUCAACAAAGAAUCAUGA